AUGGCGUGCGCGAGGCUGUGGCGCGGGCCCUUCGCGGCCCGCGGCCCGUGUGCUCUGCGCGUGCGGGGCGUGGCCACCGACGCGCAUGUGAAGCGCAAGGCGGAUAUGGCGCGCAACCGCAAGGCGCGCCACUUUGUCGACACGCUCGUCGUCGAAGUGCAGGCCGGCCACGGCGGCGACGGGUGCGUGUCGUUCCACCGCGAAAAGUAUGUGCAGAUCGGCCCGGCCGCGGGCGGGCAUGGCGGCGCAGGUGGCGACGUGUACCUGCGGUGUGAUCCGUCGAUCCACUCGCUCGCACGCGUGCCGAAGCGCGUCGUCGCGCAGAAUGGCACGCACGGCGAGGGCGGCUGGCUCCACGGCCGGGGCGGGCGCGCCGCUACGAUCCAUGUGCCGGUCGGCACGACCUCCGCGCGCGCGCGCAAAGCCGUCACGAUCGACGUCGCGACGACGCCCGAGCUAGCGCACUCGCGCUCGUGUGUGUGGCGCCACUUUCCGCGCUUUGAAGAGGACAACUACGAGCGCGCGCACUUUGCUGCGGCCGAAGCGAAGCUCGCGCAGGAGCUGCACGCCUACCGCGCCAUGCUGCGCCACCUGCCGAAGGCGCAGCAGAGUGUGGCCUCGCAGUCGCGCUGGACUGCGUGCGAGCCGCGCAACGCCACGGCGCGCACAGCGGAGGCGGGCUGGUCGCUCGAUCUGCUGGACCCGACGCCGCCCUCCGAGCCGGGCGUGCUCCUGGCGCGCGGCGGCGCGGGCGGCUUUGGCAAUCCGCACUUUCUGCUCGAGCGGUACCAUGCGCCGAAAAUCGCGACGCGGGGCAUGCCGGGCGAGUCCCUGCUGCUCGCUCUCGAGUACAAGCAGCCGUCGGACGUGGGGCUCGUGGGGCUGCCCAACGCAGGGAAGAGCACGCUGCUGCGCUGCCUGAGCCGCGCGGACGCCGAGGUGGGCUCGUACAGCUUCACGACACUGCGCCCGAACCUGGGCGUGAUGCACCUGGGCGCCGAUGGCCGCCUGCUCGGUGCCCACAGCGAGCAGCCCGAGUCGCAGCGCCUACGCGUCGCGGAUAUGCCGGGGCUGAUCGAGGAUGCGUCGCGCGAUCGCGGCCUAGGCCACGAUUUUCUGCGGCACAUGGAGCGGUGCAGCGCGCUGGUGGCUGUGGUGGAUAUGGGGCCCCUGAACCCGCGCCCUGGCAUGGACCUGGUCAUCGUGCGGCGCGAGCUCGAGGCGUACCGCGCCGGGCUCAGCGACCGCAUCGCGCUGGUCGUGGCGAACAAGGCGGACCUGCUAGGCGAGGGCAGCAGCUCGGCGCGUGCCGAGGCGCAGGACAAGCUUGCAAAGCUGCGCUAUGACGUCGAUGCCCUCUUUGCGCCUCGCACGGUGCCGGUGGUGCCCAUCUCGGCCAAGCUGCGCCUCAACAUAGACCGCCUCGUGCAGCAGCUGCCCCGGCUGCCACGGCAUGAUUAG